AUGGAUGGAGGAAAUCACUCCAUGGUAUCAGAAUUUCUGUUGCUGGGUCUCACCAAUUCAUGGGGAAUUCAGAUUCUCCUUUUCCUGUUCUUCACAGUAUUUUAUGUGGCAAGCAUGCUAGGUAACCUCCUCAUUGUGCUCACAAUCAUCUCAGACCAUCAUCUGCACUCCCCCAUGUACUUCCUGCUGGCAAACCUCUCCUUCAUAGAUACAGGUGUGUCCAGCAUCACAGCACCAAAGGUAAUUUACAACCUUUUCAGAAGGCACAAAACCAUCUCUUUUGGGGGCUGUAUCACUCAAAUCUUCCUAAUCCAUGCAGUUGGAGGCACGGAGAUGGUGCUACUCAUAGCCAUGGCUUUUGACCGAUAUGCUGCCAUAUGUAAGCCUCUGCACUACUUGACUAUCAUGAGUCCACAAAAGUGCAUUUUGGUUUUAGUUGCUUCUUGGAUUAUUGGCUUCAUCCACUCGGUGACUCAGUUGAUUUUUGUCAUAGACUUACCCUUCUGUGGCCCUAAUGAACUAGACAGCUUUUUCUGUGACCUCACUCGGUUUAUUAAACUGGCUUGUAUGGACACCAGUGCAUUGGAAUUGAUGGUCACUGCCAAUAGUGGGUUCAUUUCUGUCACCUGUUUUUUAAUUCUGAUCAUCUCUUACGUGUUUAUUUUGAUGACCAUUCAAAAGAAAUAUUUGGGAAAUUUAUCCAAGGCCCUCUCCACUCUGUCAGCUCAUGUCAUGGUGGUCAUUUUUUUCUUUGGACCAAUAAUCUUCUUCUACAUGUGGCCAUUUCCAACAUCACAUCUGGAUAAAUUUCUUGGCAUUUUCGGAGCAGUUAUUACUCCUUUUCUAAAUCCAGUGAUCUAUACACUUAGAAAUAAAGAGAUGACAUAA